AUGAUGAUAGGAAAGAAAGUGGGCACCAGCGGCGACCCUGCCAGCCUCCCCAUGCCCGACUCCACUCCUGACUUUCACUCGUCCGUCCUGCCUGCUGCUCAAGGCCGCAGCCGGGACGAGUCCAAACGUCUGGACGUCAGACUGCUGAAGGGCCUGUUGAAACCCCAUCCAAAGCGCUCACCAGUGGGACUCCUCAGAGUCUGCAGCACAGACCUCCGUUCAGACGGAUCAGGGACACUCUCCAAGAACAUUAAGAGGGCUUGGCACGAGAGUUUGAUAUGUAUUGUUUGUGUGUAUAAUUCUCUGUUUGACCACAGGCGGGAGAAGACGCGUCUGGAGCAGCUGCAGCAGGAGCAAAAGACGAUCGAAGAGAGGAAUAAGCGCAAGAAAGCUCUGCUAACAAAAACUAUCGCUGAGAAGUCCAAACAGACUCAGGCAGAGGCCGUGAAGCUGAAGAGGAUCCAGAAGGAGCUCCAGGCCCUCGACGACAUGGUGUCCAAUGAUAUCGGCAUCCUGAGAGGCAAAAUAGAGCACGCCAGCUGGGAGUACUCCGCUGCCAGAAAGCGUUACGAGAAGGCGGAGACGGAGUACGUGGCGGCCAAGCUGGACCUGCACAAGAAGACGGAGGUGAAGGAGCAGCUGACGGAGCACCUCUGCGCCAUCAUCCAGCAGAACGAGCUGCGCAAAGCCCACAAGCUGGAGGAGCUGAUGCAGCAGCUGCAGCUUCAGGCCACCGAGGAGGAGCUGGAGAGGCAGAGGAAGGAGGAGGAGGAGGAGGAGAAGAAGAGAAGCUGUGUGGAGACGCAGGGUAACGGUUCAGUGGAGAACCCGGAGGGAACGGUGCAAUCAGCCAACGACUGUGGACCCACAGAGGGAGAGACUGUGAAGGAGGAGAGGGGAGGUGACGUCCAGCGAGAGCACCACCCGAUGAAUGAACCGCCAAAGGCCGAAGGAGACUGUACAACACUAGAAACCUGCACUCAGACUGAAGUUGUGGCCUCCUGAUGCUCAGAACAGAGCGUGUAAAAUCUUCACACAAUAUAAAACACUAAUGUUUUCCACUCAUACUGUCCACUAGAUAAAAUGUCUUUGACGCUCCAGG